AUUUGAAGGAGUCAAAAAUAUCACAAUUGUAAUGUUUUCACCUGUCAUGUCUGAGUAAUAAUGUGGUCUUAAAUUCUUUGUUCAGUCGCAUUGUACCACACUUGUUAAUUGAAGACAGGAGAGAUUCAAAUAGGAAGCCAUGAAGCCUGUUAUAGUAUUUCUUUUUUCGAUACUGAUUGUUGUGGAUUCUGUGUGGCAGAAACCUGGAUUUUGUGGAACAUACGAAUGCCCAGAGUAUACUCUGGACGAACAAGGAAAGGGAUAUGAGAAACGCUUUUAUGCCACUGCAACAUGGGUCACAACUUCUGCGGCUGGCAGUUACAAAAAUGCAACCACAACGACAUUUUCUAAACUGCAAAAUUAUUUAAAACAGUUAAAUAUAGAAGCGAUGUCAAUACCGUAUGUAACUAUGAUGUUCCCAACAGUUGGACUGAAUGUAGUUCAGAAUUUCACCCAGUUUUUCUUCAUAAAACCAUCUCUAAGACCACCUCCUGAACCCACCGACAGCAGUAUCACGAUAAAAGAGGUUCCACCGAAGCAUUUAUUUAUUCGGACAGUUCCGGGACAUGUAAGUACAACAGCAGAUUGGGUUAAGCAGGCAAACCUAUUGGCAGGUGCAAUUAACGACACUUCAAAGUACUACAGUACAUUUUUCUUUACCGCAGAAUACAGCAUUCCGUCAGAAAGUGGCAAGCGUUAUAGUGAAGUGUGGUUCUAUGCAAUGCAUUGAUGAUAACAACAUUUGUUUUGUUUACAUAUGAUGCUUCUCAUAAAACGCGAAUAAAGAAAUUGAUCUCAGCCUGUGUGAAAAAUUAAAUGUGAUAAACAGUUUUUGAAUAUUA